AUGGGAAUUGCUAAUUAUUCUAUGUUCGUUGCAAUUAUACAGCAUACAUGUGCAUUGUUUAACAUAAUCGAAUGGAGGGUUUAUGACAGAUUUAAAAAAUAUUCGCAUAAUUUCCAUUAUGUCGAUCAUUAUACUGACUUAGUCGAGGAAACUGAAUGGUUAAUCGGUAUCGUAAAAUAUCGUAAUAGCAUAAUCGAAUUCGUCAAUUUGAUAAGAUCGUUUUAUGAAACAGUUUAUCUGUUCGAAGUGUUAUUGGCAUCGAUAGUCAUCAUGAUUGAUUAUUUUUACAUACUUUCUUUUAAUUUGAAUGGAACUGAAGGAUUAACAAAUAUCUGUUAUGUUAUUGGAUCUCUCUUCGUGAUAUACAUUUAUUAUUAUCUUGGACAAAAAUUAAUUGAUCACAGUGAGAAUGUGUUUAAAGCAUUCUGUCAAAUACCGUUUUAUUCGUUAUCGGCGAAAACGAAAAAAAUAUUACUCUUUUUGAUAAUGAGCAGCAUGAGAAUAUCUUAUUUAUCAUUGGCGGGAGUUAAAGAAGUAUCAAAUGAUUUGUUUGCUUCGUUAAUGCGAUCAUCAUUUUCUAUCGCUAUGGUAUUCUAUAAUUUACAAUGA